UAAACCGGAUGGAGAUAAAAAUAAUGCUUAAAAAAGAUACUAACCCCACUAUCAUCACCCACAAGACUCCUCUCCCAUUAGCAGUACGCAAUCUAAUGUCUGAGUAUUAACUUUAAAUUAAUGCACUUCUCUAUAAAGAUUCUCAUUGAGAAUUAAAUUGAAUGGCAAGAAAAUUUUGAUGACGUUGGAUCCUGGUCAUACAAAUCGAAGAAAAUAGUUUUAGCAUAGUUAAUCAACAGCAUAGGAACCUCAUAUACUGAUACUAGCAGUAUUGCAGGAAAAGUUUGAUAUUCAUUUUCGUAAAACUGUGUAUCAGGAAAAAACGCAGUACAAUGGCGAAUACGUAUGUUGUUAUUGCUGCAUCCGUUUUGUUCUGCAUUGGAUUAAUUGGAAAUUCUAUCACCGUCUGUUUUGUUGCUGUAUCCAAACGGCUGCACACUCCAACAUACGUCCUGAUUGGAUGCCUAGCAGUGUCUGACGUACUCGUCUCCGUGACGCGAUAUGUUCAGAUAUUUGAAAAAUCUUUUUUUAAAGAAUAUACACAAAUAUAUAUAUAUUGGACAUUUAGCUUUUUGUUUCUUCAUUCGGCAUUUUUCCAUAUGGUGUUAGUGUCAUAUGUACGUUUUGUUUUCAUUACAAAUCCUCUUCGCAGUUUGAUACUGACUUGUAAAAAAAUUCUGUGGAUGUCUUUUGCCAUUUGGAUAAGCUCUAUUGUCGUUUCCAUCGGAUACGGAACAUUUAAAGUGCUAAAAAUAAUGAACAUAAAAUCUUUCAAAAGUGCAGAUUUUGCUGAGGUUGGGUUUGGCUUGUAUAUUUGUGGAUUGCCAUUUAUUAUUGUAGUUUUCAAUGUUCGAAAGCUGUAUUAUUUGUAUAACCAAACAGCUUCUGUUCUAUGGGCCAGAAUAGCAAACUCAAUGUCGUUGUUGUUUUGCAUUAUCAUUGUGAUUUAUCUCCUUAGCACAAUCUAUCCUUUAAUUUACACAAUAAACUAUGCAUUGUUAAACAGUUCCUUUCUAGAUAAUAGUAGCUUAGACUUAGUUCAUGAUAUGUUUUCUUUUUCGUUGCUUGUCAAUACUUAUGUGAAUCCUUUGAUAUAUUUCAUGUUUUCACCCCCUAUUUAA